AUGGGCUCUGUUGUGGAUCGACUGAAGGGCCGCAAAGUAACUCAGACUGUGGACGAUCUGCAUCCCGUUGAGAAUGAUGCACUUCCUGACUCCACCAAGCUGGAGUCGACCAGCCAAGCUGAAACCCAUCCAGAUGAGGUCACUAAAGAAGCUCAAAUCGGUGUUCAAAAGGCGGAAGCAGCUGCUCUAGUGUGGAGCAAGAAAGCUGUCUACAUAAUCUAUGGAUGGAUUUGGAUUUGUUACUUUAUGCUAUCCCUCCAUGAAUAUAUUGGGAGUAACGUUCUGUAUUAUGCGUACAGCAAGUUUAACUCAGCUCCACAAGUGACUACGGCUUUCAUCUUGGCUAACAUUAUCGGUGGAGUACUUAAAUUACCCAUUGGCAAACUCCUUGGACUAUGGGGCCGUGCAGAAGGUCUGAUGGUCUUCUUGGUUGUCUAUCUCGUGGGUAUGAUACUUCUUGCUGCCUGCACUGGUCCAAAGUCCUUUGCUGCUGGAUAUGUCUUUUACUGGGUCGGAUUUGACGCCAUUUACUUGAUCUUGGAGAUUUUCAUCGCGGAUACGUCGGGCAUGCGAAACCGAGCUUUCGCCUUUGGCUUCUCGACAACUCCAUACAUUUGCACCGCCUUUACGGGUCCACUGGCUGCCGCCUCAUUUCUCAAAAGUGGCGGUUGGAGAUGGGCAUAUGGCGCGUUCUGCCUCAUUCAACCCGUUGUCUUUACGCCACUGAUCAUCACCUUCAAAUAUUACGAAAACAAGGCCCGGAAAGAGGGUAUCCUCAUUCGGCAAGCAAGCGGUCGCACUAUCUUCCAAUCUAUCAUUCACUACAUUCAUGAGUUUGACGUCAUUGGAGCACUGAUUUUGAUGGCCGCUUUCAUUUUAUUUCUCCUGCCCUUCAGUCUGGCAACCUACGGUCGGACACAAUACAGCGAUGCCUCAUUUAUUGCUGAAGUAGUGGUGGGCUUUUGUUUAUUCUUUGUCUUCUUCGGGUGGGAACGCUGGUGCGCCCGCACACAUUUCAUUCCUUACCAACUUCUGCGGGAUCGCACUAUCCUGGGCGCAUGCUUUGUUUCAGCGAUUCUCUACUUCAGUUUCUACUGUUGGGACAGUUACUUCUACUACUUCGUCAUGGUCGUUUACAACCUUGAUGUCAAACUCACUGGCUAUAUGACUUCCAUCUAUACCAUUGGGUCUUGCUUCUGGUCUCCUAUUUUCGGACUGUGGAUCAGAGGAGUCAAGGAAUUCAAAUACUCCUGCCUCUUUUUCGCUGUGCCUCUCAUGCUUCUGGGAUCCGGGCUUAUGAUACAUUUCCGAGGACAGGAUGCCGACAUCGGAUAUGUGAUUAUGUGUCAAAUCUUCAUUGCAUUCUCGGGUGCUAUGCUUGUGAUCGGCGAACAAAUGGCCGGCAUGUGUGCAUCGGAUCGGGAUAGCAUUCCGAUCAUUCUUUCGAUGAUUGGUCUAUUUUCGAAUGUUGGCGGUGCGAUUGGAGAUGCCGUGGCCGCCGCGAUUUAUACAAACACCUUCCCUCAGGGCUUGCGUAAGGCCCUUCCCGCAAGUGCUGAAUCGGAAUGGGAAUCCAUUUAUCUCGGCGGAUAUUCCUCGCAGUUGGGUUACGCUCCUGGAACAGAAAUUCGUGAUGCUAUCAACUUCGCGUGGGGAUACACACAAAAGUACGAGGCAAUCGCAGCUACCUGCUUGGCUGUUCUGCUGAUUCCAAGUAUUCUUUUGUGGAAGCACUACACUGUUAAUCAAAGUCAAAACAAAGGUGUGACGAUAUAA